CCAAUUUCUUAUUUCGCGUUUUAUGGUCGAAGAAGUACACACGGUAAGCCUCUCGAAAAACAACGGUUAAUCUCUCGCAUACACCGACCGAACUAAGUAACCAUAGCGAUUAAUAAAAAACGGCCGUGCAUUUUACACGCAUUCAAUCGGACGGACAUAAAUCCUUCACGCGAUUGUUAACUCCGGUUUACAAGAUGUGUUGUUGUUAUUUAUUAGUAGGCAAUUCGCGAUAAUGGUAUUGUUGUUUUACUGUUUCUCAUAUUGUUGUCAGUUACCGCGGUAACGCAAUUGUUAUUGAAUAGUGGAUGCGAUUGUUUAAUGGACUGUUGUUGUUAAGGUGACAAUCGGAGGGGCUCACUUGAUUGUCGGCGAAAAGACACGGAAGGCUCAACGUUCUACGCUGGCUACUGUGGGAAUCUCAGCAGCGAGAAAAAUCAAAAAUGCCGGCCCUGGAAUGUUCGACUAGCAGCAGCACGCUGGCGCUACACUACGCUGCAGCUCGAGGCUGUCUCGACUGCGUGAGGCUAUUGGUCGAUUCUGGGCCAAAUCUUAAUGCAAAUACGCAAAUGGACAAUGAUGUGACCCCGGUAUAUUUAGCCGCACAAGAGGGUCACCUGGAAGUCCUCAAAUUCCUGGUUGUAGAAGCCGGUGGUUCCCUGUUUGUAAGGGCCAAAGAUGGUAUGGCACCCAUUCAUGCAGCCAGUCAGAUGGGGUGCUUGAAUUGUGUGAAAUGGAUGAUUCAAGAGCAAGGAAUAGACCCCAACUUGCGUGACGGCGACGGAGCCACCCCCUUACAUUUUGCGGCCUCCCGGGGCCACCUGGAAACAGUCCGUUGGCUUCUAAAGCAUGGCGCUCGACUGUCUUUAGAUAAAUAUGGAAAAAGCCCUAUUAACGAUGCCGCAGAAAAUCAGCAGGUUGAGUGCCUUAACGUUUUGGUUCAACAUGGAACCUCGCCAGAUUAUUCUCCAUCGAACAAGGAUGAAGUUGAACGAAAAUGCUCUUGCCAUAGUAGAAUAUCGGAACAACCCAGAAAGGGCAGCCCACCAAACAAUAGUUGCAUCAAUUGUAGCCUCUUUACAUCUGACGCAAAUCAAGAACCGUUUUAUCUUCACCCCCCACUACUCAACGGUAACAUCGAGACCCCCCAUGCACCCCAAGAUGGGCUAUACGUCAACCCUAUGAACAUACAUCGACACAGCACAUCGAGUAUCUCGGACAGCUCAUGUGGAGAGAACAUCGAAAGUGAAUCAUUUUACUUACAUAAUCCGCGAGAAUUGGUUUAUACAAGGGUAAAGGAUAUUUUUGAAAGAUCUGGGGUAAGAAAGUCAGCCCCUGCGACCCUAUCUGCUCUCACAGUAAAAGUUGAGGUACACUCCAGUAGCAAUGGUUCAGGUUCGGACGGUAAUUUGUCUUCGUCAGAGAUGUCAGAAAGAUCAGAUAACGAUCAUGAUUACGAAGACAUCUACUUUACCCAAGAAGAGUUUAGAAGCAAGUCACGAGAUCGUGAAGAACAACAUUCAGGUGGCAAAAGAGAUCUGAUUCUCCGUCCCCGUUCGCACUCGAUCUCCUCAAUCAAUUCCAACGUGAUCAUCUCCAAUUUGGAAGAGACCUACGAGUCAUCGUCUGCAGGCAACGAAAAGAUUAUCAUAUCUGAAAGACACGAAACUUCGGUGGAAAUCAACCAGGAUAAAUCGGGCGUUCGACAUUCGCUGCCCCACAAAGGAGUUAACAAUAACAAGCUUUUGAAACGUACUACAUCCACCCCGGCAAAUAUAUCUUCUCCACCGCCACCACCCCCUCCAUUGCCCAGCAACGACUGCAAGUUCGAAACGGACUUUAUUUUUGCAAGGCAAAAGAGAACAGAAUCCGUUCGAGAAGACGCUAGCGUCGAAAACGAAGUAGAGGUGAUUCAAGAACCAACACUAAAGCCCUCUGAAAUUAUUAAGGGAAACAUCAAGAACAUGUCGUCUCUCACAACUUCGAGGCGCCACAACUCAUCGUCUUGCUCAGACCUGACCAUCAUCAGUCUGGAAAUGGAAACAUCAUCUUCAGAGAAACCGUAUCCCCAUUUGGUCAACAAGCAACGCGUUUUGCCCUUUGUACCGCCCAGUUUCCUUGGGGUCAGCAGCGAUUCCAACAACCUCAUCAAACCUUCUGAAUAUCUCAAAAGCAUCAACGACAAAAGGUCUGCAACACCUCUCCGGUUGGGAAUGAGAAGGUGUUCGCAACAAGAAGAGAAAUCGACAACAGUCUCCGUUAUUAAGGACGAUAGGAAAUCAGGAAGCGGCUUCGUAGGACCACCACCUCCACCACUACCCCAAGCCGAAGAUGGAGAGAAAGACGAAGAAACGAAACAAACAACAGGAGCACCCUCCACGGACACCGCAAAGAAACAAUCGCAACCACUUUCGACAAUUAGUAUAAAAGAUCUUCAUUCCGUCCAACUGAGGAAGACGGAUAAAAUUGCCGCUACCAAAACGUUUUCCGCACCCACCAGGAGCCUUAGUCUGCAGUGUCUUCAAAGUGAAUCGUUUCUGGCACAGAAAAGUGACCUGAUAGCGGAGCUGAAGAUGUCCAAAGACAUUUGUGGCAUCAAGAAGAUGAAAGUGGAGAAAGCAAAGGUCGAAGAACGCCAAGAGAAAGCCCUCAUUACGGAAAUAAGUAAACAAUUCAACCCCAACAACUUUGUCGAAAAGAUUCCAGACAGAGAUAACAGUGGCAAUGUUAUACCUCCAUGGAAGAGACAGAUGUUGGCCAAAAAGGCCGCCGAGAAGGCGAAGAGAGAACUCGAAGAGCAGCUACAAAAAGAAGCUGAAGCUAAAAGAUUACAAUCCAUACCACAGUGGAAAAGAAAUUUAAUCGCCAAGAAAGAAGAAACUGAAAACAAAAUAAGAUCCACAGUAUACACUCCAAAAUUACUGGACGAACCAAAGUCUCCUAAAGCCUUCGAGAUACACGAAUGCUCAAAAACAAAAGCUGCAACCUCCCAAGAGGGAAACAAGAAUAAUCAGGAUGACAACAACAACAAUAAUAACUCGGCAUUAAGUAACCCCCUGAAGCAGCAGAGUCCUGAUAGUGACGACGAAAAGAAUUUGAUUCCUUGGAGGGCGCAGUUGAAAAAGACGAACAGUACGUUAAACCUUUUGGAGUAAGUAACUUUUGAAAAAUUAAUUAAGUAACGAAAAAUCAAUUUGUUUUAACA